AUGGAGAAGACAGAAGCAAACGGCCAGCCACCCAAACCCGACGAGGAGAGGGAGCAGCCCCGCAGCCUCCCCUACUCCGUGGAGACACCGUACGGCUUUCACUUGGACCUGGACUUCCUGAAGUACGUGGAUGACAUCGAGAAAGGCAACACCAUCCGGAGGGUUCACAUCCACCGGAAAGCCAAGCAGCCAAAAUUCAGCACCCUGCCCCGAAACUUCAGCCUGCCUGAGAAUGGCACCCGCGGCUGCACCUCGGCUCCCAGCAAGAGCUGGACGGCGACCUGCUCCUUCCCCCAGCACAAGGCGUCCCUGGGGGCGGAGGAGACCCCCCGGCCCCUCCUGUCCACUGAGCUGACCCUUCCCAUGGCUGAUGAGCCCAGUUACCGGAGAAAAGCCCUUUUGGCGGAGACGUGGCGGCAGGUGGAGCUGGGGUGGCCAGAUGGUGAGCUCCGGGGGCGGCCGCAGCUCCUGCGAGCCUCCAGCAUGCCCGCAGCACUGCCGCCCGGGCAGCCCCCACCAGGGGACGGACGGGUGUCCUCGCCCCUCCAGCUGCCCCCACAGCACUGCCACGAGCAAAGCAGCUCCGAAAGCACCUUUCGCCCUGUGCCGCGUUCGCCCAGCUCCAAUGGCAUCGUGGUAAAUCUCCCCCAGGAGAUGAGCUUGGAGCAGGAGGGGCAGAAGGAGCAUCCGGGUGGGGGCAGCCCAGUGCUGGUGCAGAUGCAGCCCCCGCGGCAGAGCCAGCAGCUGCAGGUGGUGAUGGAGAGCGGUGGUGAGGAGGGCGAUGCUGCCGAUGCUGGCAUUUGCUCCACCUUGGGUGGGGGGGAGUCAGCGUCACCGGGUGUCCUUCAGGUCGCAGAGGACACGGACCCUGGGGAGAGGGAGUUAAGUGUGAGUGAAGUCGCUCCGAACAUAGUGAAGGAAGCUGAGGAGGGGAAUGUCCAGGCUGGAGAGAACAAGGAGAGCUCUGUUCCUGAGCCCCGUGAUGCAGGAGAGCCUGGUGGGAUUGCUGCGCUGAAGCAGCAGGUUGCUGCUCUGGAGGAGCAGCUGAGCAAGAAGAAAGAAGAGCUGGAGCAGAUCCGGGCAGUGCUGGAGCAGCAGGAUCAUGAGAUCAAGGAGAAGGAGAAAAGCAUUCAGUUACUGGCCAGCUCCAAAGCGCAGCUGGAAGAGCAGCUGUGCUGGGAAAACGCCCCUGAGGCCAGGCUGCCGCCCAGGCAGAGCGGUGGGGCUUUGCAGUGCUACGAUGCCGCUGUCAACACUGACCUCUCGCAGGUGUCCGCGGCCAAGCAAGCCCAUGAUAAAGGUGUCAACGUCAACAUCCCAAUCUCCACCAAAUCCGUAGGGUGCAGCGUGCACAGAGCAGACAACGUGAACACGCAGGGUGCCCGGACGGAUCAGGGACUGGCAGACGCUGGCACUGAUGUCAGUGGAGAGGGACCUGGACAUUUUGGGGAAGCCGCCGUUGAGGCUGGCCUUCAUGUGCCGUGCUUCACCCAACUGCAGAUCGAUGAGCACCUCAGCGAUGACAAUCAAAACCACAGGAACAACUACAACACCCAGAGCCUCGCUGCUCAUGCGGUGACAGCUGGAAGCCAUCGAGGAACAAGAAUUGGCUCAAACGCAGGAGAAAACAAGGCGGGCUUUGGCGAAGAUCAACCUCAAGACGAGCUGGAUGAGGAAGGUCCCCCUGACCACGAGGACCUCCCCGCUGUUGACCCCAUUGGCCAAUACGUGAAAAAAAUCCAGGAGCUUUUGCAGGAGCAGUGGCUGUGUUUGGAGCAUGGCUACCCCGAGUUGGCGAGCGCGAUUAAACAGCCGGCCUCCAAGCUCAGCUCCAUUCAGAACCAAUUAGUUAAUUCCUUAAACUCAUUGCUGUCUGCCUACUCUACGCAAAGGCCCGCCGAUAAGGAGAAUUCGAACAUGCACUAUCAACAGUUGGAAAUCUCUCCAACCACAAGUCUUAAAUCUAUCAUGAAAAAGAAAGGUUAUGGUUUCCAUGCAGGAGGCAGUGGGACCAAAAAGAAUCUUCAGUUUGUUGGGGUAAAUGGUGGCUACGAAACGACGUCAAGCGAAGACACAAGCUGCGAAGACAGUCCAUCAGAGGGGGACGCGGAGAGAGAGACGGAGAGGAGAGCCGAUGAUUUGGAGCCUGUGCAAGCAAAAGCUGGAGGUGAAAGCAAGGGGGCUUCGUUGGGGACCUCCUCGCAGGAGAGAUGUGAGGAUGAUGACCCGCAGGAGCCAUCAGCAGAAGCAACACCUUGCACCGAGCACAAGACUGACAGAUGCAAACCAUCAGAAGAUUUCCUUGCCGACUGCCAGCUGCUCAGCAAGCACCUCCCGGAAAUCAGGACCACAAGCGACGAGCAUCUGCGGCACGUCCUGGGCACCGUCGGCCAGGAGUGGUUCCGGGUGUCGAGCCGCAAGUCUUCCAGCUCGGAGGUGGUCGGGGCCUAUCUGAAGGCGCUGAAGGCCAUCCAGCCCCAGCUCCUGGCGAUGGUGGUCAACCUGACGGACAGGAAUGGCAACACGGCUCUUCACUACAGUGUCUCCCACUCCAACUUCCCCAUUGCAAAGCUCCUGCUCGACACAGGCGUCUGCCGCCUGGACCUGCAGAACCACGCCGGCUACACGGCCGUGAUGCUGACCCCGCUGGCGGCCGCUGAGACGGGCGAGGACAUGGAGGUGGUGAUGAAGCUGCUGCAGGAGGGGGACGUCAACCUGCGAGCUGCCCAGGGAGGCCAGACCGCCCUGAUGCUGGGAGUGAGCCAUGAGCGGGACGACAUGGUGCGAGCCCUCCUGUCCUGCCAGGCCGACGUCAACCUGCAGGACGAGGAGGGGACCACGGCGCUGAUGGUGGCCUGCCGGCAAGGCAACGCUGACAUCGUCAGGCUCCUCCUGGCCCAGCCUGGCUGCCAGGUCGCGCUGACGGACAAGGUGAGGCUCCGAUUCGUACACAACCUCACAUCCACCAGGCAGGGAAAGCCCAUGCGGGAUUCGGAUGGGGUGGCUGUGGCAGCAUCUCAUGUCCCAGCUGUAGCCCAGGGCGGUAACUCGGCCCUGUCGCUGGCCCAGCGCGCUGCCCACGGGGACAUCGCUGCCCUCCUGCAAGCCCAUGCCGAGCAGAGCUCAUCCCUCUCUGCCUGA